AUGACCUUACAUCGCUCCAACAGUCUGUCGUAUCUCUGCGAUGACUAUCAGUUAUAUCACUCGCUACAGCUCAAGACUCAUCUGAAGCGCUCGAAUAUCUGCAACGAUGACAAAGAGGUGAGUGAAGGAUUUGAAGUGAAGAGGCUAUGAGGAUGUUGAGGUUAUAGAAGGCAGUCUAAUGUUCGAAGCAUGAUUUAGGACAAUUUUUGUGCAUAACCGUAUAUAAUAAUGACAUUAUAUUCAGUUUUAAAUUUGUUUUUCAGAAUUUUUGUAAUUUUAUUUUAAUAUUCUAAUUUUGUUACCUAAAAUAUUUAAACAAAACUUUUAGAAGUCGGAAGUGUCGUCGACGUGGAUCGAAGAGACGUUCAAAAAGUAUGAAUGCAUAAAAUACAUUCCGGACCCCUUAUCAGACCGGUAAGCCUAAAAGAGCCUUAGGGUAUUAUUUUAGAUGUGGCUGCGGGAGACCAAGUUCCCAUCACUCUCAACUGGCCUUAAGUCGGUUCACGCUUUCCAUGGUAAAGCCGGUCGAUAAAACUCCGCAGAAAUGGUCGAUAAAAGAGCACAACCAGUCACUGCCAACAGAUGCCUACGGCACAAUCGAGUUCCAGGUAAUUUACAUAGUAUGAUUGGCUGUGUAAGACUAUAAAAGGUGGUUAUUAUAACAUUUUAGGGUGGUAUGCAUCCUCACAAAGCUCAGUAUGUUCGUCUAUCAUUUGAUUCGAAUCCAGCUGACGUCUUUCAUCUGAUGGAGAAGGUGUGGAAGCUAAAAAGACCACGACUGGUGAUUACUAUUCAUGGAGGAUCAGCCAACUUUGAGUAGGUAUUAAAUGUUAGAUUAAGUAACAAGACUAUAUAAAUAUCCAAAUGUUUUUUAAAUUACAGUAUGCCCGAUCGUCUGGGUCAGCUGUUUCGAGAAGGUCUUCUGAAGGCGGCCGAGACUACAGGAGCGUGGAUAAUAACAUCUGGAAUGGACCGUGGAGUAGUCCGUCACGUGGCCAAGGCUCUGGACGAAGCUGGGAUCUCUGCCAGAAUGAGAUCGCGACUUGUGACUAUUGGGAUCGCACCGUGGGGAGUGCUACGGAAGAGGGAGAAGUUCAUCGGCCGCGACGCUCACGUUCAGUACGAUCGACUGUGCCUGUUCAAGUCGAAAGGAAAGUACUCAGCCUUGAACGACAGACACACCUACUUCUUGUUGGCUGAUAAUGGUACUGUUGGGAGACCUGGUGCUGACAUCUUUCUGAGGAAACGGUUGGAAGAGUAUCUGGCUAAGAAUGGCACAUUUGGAACUAUCAGGGCUAGAAAGAUACCUAUCUUGUGUGUGGCUUUGGAAGGAGGGAUCAACACGCUUAAUAGUAUACAACAAUAUCUUACAAGGUAAUGGAAGUAGUAUUAUAUAUAAUAUGUUUUUUUUUGCCAAAUUACAUGCUAAUAUUACAGUAAUCCCCCUAUACCUACGAUAAUAUGUGAAGGAAGUGGUCGAAUAUCGAAUCUCUUGGCUUUUAUCUAUAACAAUAUCAGUGAUGAUGGGUAUGUCUUUUUAUAAAUGAAUAAUUCCAUUCUCUUUGCAUUACUAUAAUAUACCUUUAGUUUAUUAUAAUCUUCAGAUUUUUGUCCGCAGACUGCCGCGACAAGUUAUACGAUGGAGUCGCUGAAUUGAUGGGACAUGACACUCAACUGGUCGAUGAAGUGGUCGAUAAAAUACUAAACUGUGCCAAACUCAAGGGAUUGGUAUGUUUACUUUACAGUAUGAUUAAUGAACUGAGUAGAUUACAGUAUUCAGAAGUAGCGAGAACGAUCACAUCGACGCCGACCAGACGAUUCUGAAGGCGCUACUGAAGGGACAGAACUUGAGUCCGGCGGAACAGGUGGGUAACAGUACCCCUGGAUACUGUAACUUACAAAAAAUAGCUUUUUAGCUUUUUAACAGAACGCUAUGAUAAUAUUAGGUUGUUUACUUAAUUCUGCGCCCUUUUUCAAAGCAAAUUUGUGGGUAAGAGGGCGCAGAAUUAUGUGAACAACCUAAUAUAAGACUAAAACAAUAUCAUAGUUGUUUUUGAUGUCUUUGGUAAUAUUUUAGCUCUCUCUAACGUUAGUUUGGAACAGAGUUGACAUAGCCAGGUCAGAAGUGUUUACAGAAGACCAAGACUGGCAGAUGAAGCAUCUCCACAACGUUUUAAUGGAUGCUCUGAUUCUGAAUCGUGUUGAAUUUGUGAAGUUAUUAUUGGAAAAAGGAGUCUCCAUCAAACACUUCCUCAACAUCGACACUCUGGAGCAACUUUACAACUCUGUGAGCACGUUUACUGUAUCUUUUGUACACAUAAAGUAUAUUUUCUAACGGUAAUUUCAAUGUAGGAUUGUUGUAUUGUGUUUUGUUAAUUAAAAUACAACAAUAUCAUAGUAAAAUUAUUAUAAGAUACCGACACUUUAUGAAAAGCACUCAAAUAAUGUUAUUGUAGGACCCUACAGCCUUAAAUGCAUUGAGUCACUUAAUCGACGACAACUCGGCUUCUCGGACAGACGAAAUUACCAUCCCUGACAUAGCUGACGUCAUUGAGAAGUUGAUGGGAAACGCUUUUAGGUGCCGUUACAGUAGCCGUGCCUUCAAGCAGUUAUACGAAAAGUGUAAAGGAAGAAGAGGCAAGGCUCAUUUGUCCAAGAUCGAGAGUCUCCACAUCAAGUUACUGCCCAGCAAAUCCAUGGACAGUUUUGUGGUAAGGCAUUUUCUGAUUCUACACACUUUUUGACCGACGUACCAUAACUUUUAGGACAUACUGUAACAUUUAUAAUAUACUAAUAAAACUACUACCUACUAGAUUAAAUAGUAUCAUCUACAGUACCAAUUAUAGCGAAAACAAGAAGAUGAAGUGGAGUUUCCUUUCGUCCAUCCCUUCAACGAUCUCUUCCUCUGGGCCGUUCUGACUCGACGGCAUCAGAUGGCACGCUUCCUGUGGUUGUAUGGUGAACAUGGCAUGGCAAAGGCUCUAAUAGCGAUACGUCUAUAUAAGACGAUGAGCAGGGAGGUGGCAUACGACUACACCGAGGUUGAGGCGAGCAAUCAGCUGCGAGAGUUUGCUGAGUAUGUCAUUUUGAUUUUAAAGCUUGUAUAGUAACAUAGUCUUUAUCAACUCUAAAGGUAAUGUUAAGUAUGUUUUUAGAGAUUUCAAAGAAUGUUCGUUGGAGCUUCUGGAUCAUUGUCAUGAUCAAGAUGACAUUCGGACGAUGCGACUUCUGACGGCUGAACUGCCAGCGUGGGGACACCAUACUUGUCUGUCAUUGGCUGUUAUGGCCAAUAACAAACGUUUUCUGGCACAUCCAUGGUAUGUUACAGUACAAUAGAUAUUAAUUGUUGCUUUUUAUCAACGUUAUAUGUUCUAAUCUCUAACAUAAUGUAAAAUAUAUAUAUUAACUUACGCAUAUUGUCUAUAUAAAAUAACAUCGAUCAAUUCCAGCUGUCAAGUACUGCUGGCAGACCUGUGGCACGGUGGACUCCGCUUCAGAAGGUAGGUUCGAGGGUCAAUUUGAAUUUGUGAUCUUCAGAUGUUCAGUCAGAGUAACAUCAAAGUGAUCGCGGCCGUCGUCUUCCCUCCGGUCAUUCUGCUACUCGACUUCAAGACUCCAGAACAAAAGAAGAAUCAGAGGAAGAACUCCCUGAUAACGACGGAGGAGGAGCUGAACGACUAUAAGCACGGCAGCAAGUCGUCGCUUCACAACUUUCAACGCAAUUCUGUAGGUAUUGUUUCAGGUUGAAUAUAACUUUAAAUCUUUGAUAUGUGUCAGUUUGGUAUUGUGGUUACUAUAACAUUUUAGUGGUUCAAACUUCGGAAAUCGUCGAGAACGUUCAGUAAACGAGGGUCGACUGACAACGACGUUGUCAACGUGAAUAACCGUGAAGGACGUGCUCUGACUGUGAUUGAAGAAAGCCGAAGAGACAAUAGGUUUGUACGACGUAACAAUGUACGUUUUUAAAUGAUUUUAUACAUUUAUUAUGUUGAUUACUAUUUUUGAUUUAUCUUUAAAGGUUGUUUAACAUAAUAUCAGCUAUACCUAUAUGUAAGCUCAAGUAUAAUAUAAGUAAAAAACCUUACAUUAAUUCGACUUCAGAGUAUUCUGAAGACGUUGUCGUCAGCGUGGAGCAAGUUCCGUCUCUUCUACGGAGCUCCGAUCACAUCGUUUUGGAUAUGGACGUUGUCGUUCUGCCUGUUCUUGUUAACGUUCUGCUACGUUCUGCUGAUCGAGUUUCCUCUCCAACCAUCGUACACUGAAUGGGGACUUCUGGCUUAUGUGGUUGGGCUAGGAUUGGAGCAUUUCAGAAAGGUCGGUUUUAAUAUUUUUACUUUAAAUAAUAUAUUUAAAAAAUGUAAAAUAGCUUGUUAGUCAGUAAUUUUAAUCCUAAAAUAACCCUAUUUUUUAAUGUAUGAAAUUUACAUAUUCUUGUGAUUCUGUCAAUAUUAUCAUCAGAUGGAUAGUUUUAGCUUCUGGUGUUAGAAUCUUCGAAUUUGAUCGAAAAGGUGAAGGUCUUCUACACUCGCUACUGGAACAUCUUGACCACGAUAGCUGUGAUGACAUUUCUGAUUGGAUUCUACUUCCGUUUCGACCGUGACCGGCUACACACUCAUUCUCGAGUGAUUCUGGCGUCAAACUCUGUUCUCUGGCAUAUGAAGUUGUUCGACUUUCUGAGUGUUCAUCCUCGCCUCGGCCCUUACAUUACCAUGGCAGGGAAGAUGGUAUUAGCCAUGUCGUAUAUCAUCAUCAUGCUACUGGUGACCUUGAUGGCAUUCGGAGUGGCACGGCAGUCGAUCACGUUCCCACACGAAAAGUGGGGGUGGAUUCUGGUGAGGAACAUCUUCUACAAGCCUUACUUCAUGUUGUAUGGGGAGGUGUACGCGGGAGAGAUAGACACUUGUGGAGAUGAAGGGACCAACUGUGUGCCUGGAGGGUGGAUACCUCCAGUUUUGAUGACGAUCUUCUUGUUGGUGGCCAAUAUUCUCUUGAUCAAUAUGUUGAUUGCUAUCUUUAAGUGAGUGGAAUUAAUGUUUUUGUGGGUUUCUGAUGAAAUUUAGUACUGUUUUUGCAUAUUAGUAUACUGUAGAAUAAGAUAUAGAAUAAGAUUUAUAUGUCAACACGUGUAUACUGUACUAUUCCAUUAAAUUAAUUAAUAUACGAUACGUUAUAUCAGAGAUUAAUGUUACAGUAACAUCUUCAACGUGACGAAUGCCAUGUCCCAACAAGUAUGGAUGUUCCAAAGGUACCAACAAGUGCUAGAAUACGAAAGUACACCCAUAAUACCGCCGCCGUUUACUCCGUUUGUCCAUGUUCUACUAUUCUGUAAAUAUCUGAAACAAAGGUUAUGUGGAAGGCAAAGGACAUACCGAGGUUACAGUAACAACGCCGAGUUUUCUAUUAGUAAGACCUUACAAUAUGUGAACAAACUUGUAUUAUAGGGGGAGGGGGGUUGAUGUUAUAACUAUGAUCAAAUGUAGCUGUCGUGACGUAUAAUACUAAUACUGUAGUAUAAUAAUGAACCUAAUAAGUCCAGUAAUACUGUACUUCAGAAGUAUAUUUUGACGAAGCUGACUUGAAGCGGCUACACGACUUCGAAGAAGAUUGUUUGGAUGAUUUGUCGAGACGGAAGUUCAACUGUGCUCUACUAUCACAUAAACAUCUACAGAGCUCGCUAGAGAUGUCAAACAAGCUGAACGAGCUGGCUGAGGAGAACUUCUCUCUUAAGAACAAGAUGGAGAAGCUGAGCAGACAUCUGGAGGUGAUCGUGAACUGCCAGAACAAACUCAUGACAAUGUUGGAAGGGGAGAAGGUGGAGGAGAAGGCACUGAUCGUUAGGACUGGGUUCGGUAAGUGUUUUACAGUAGGUAAUUAUGAUUAAGGAUAGUGAUAUUUGAUGUAAACUGGGCAUAAGUUAAGAGAAAAUGUGCAUAAUUGUCAAUAUUAACAUAAUAUAACACUUAUAUAUCAUAAAAUAAUGGAAUCCAAUAAAACUACCGUACCGCAUGACGUGUACCGUAUCCUACAGAACGCUCCUCCCAAAAGCCCCGCCCAAAAGCCGAGAUACCUCCGAUCGCUCAAGUCGAGCCUUCUGUAGCUUCAUCUACCGUAGUCCUUCCUACAAUAUCCGUUCAUACUGUAGCUCUGUCUUCGCUUGGCCUAGUCCAGACAAGAGAUUCUGUAUCUCUUUCUGAAGACUUGGACCAGAUGGAAGCUUCGACUGGUCAAACUGUCACAUUUCGAACGUCAACUUCUACACGAACGCCACGAGCUCUGAGGGCAUCGACCGGUCGAUCGAGCAGCUCAUCUUCGACUUCUUCAGCCGGUUCUAACUUCUUUUGA